CGAGUAUCAUGAACUUAACAUCAUGAGCUCUCCAUCGUCACCCACAUCUCCCAUUCUGGCUUCUCCAUCGCCGGCACCAUGGUUUCCCAUGUUGAAAAAAAGCUACACGAAAAACUUUUUGUACACUGACGAUCCAGUGUAUAUAUCGAUGGCCAAUAUCAAGCGUUCGGGCGAUGUAUCUAUGCACUGUCUCCAAUUUCUAUCGUUUCUCGAAGACGAUCCUCGGUUUUUACAUUUUCCACUUGCUAUGAACGAUAAUCUGCUUAUGGGUGACAUCAAAUCUGAUCCCAACGCUCGUCUUUCAUGGACGAUGCCCAAAUCCAAAGAAUACUACAAACUCACAGGCAGAUUCUAUAUCGCUUCGGCACCGAUCCAGGUGACACGGUUCCCGCCACCACGCGUUACGAAUGAACUAUCUGCACAGGAGUUCUGGGAAAAGGAACGACAAAAGCAGUGGAAGGCAUUGGAUGAUAAGGCACGCGCCAUGUUUACAUGGCCAUCAAGAGGGGAAAUGCCAAAGGCUGACAAGGUCGCGUUUACAUGCCAAUCAUUGAAGCACACCGUACCGGAUCCACGCAAAAAGACCGACGAGACUCAGGUCGUACACGAUAUCGCCAUGGAUAAUUUUUGUCUGCUAGUUUAUAAAGUCUCUGAAGUCGAGUAUUUGGACUAUACCUCGUUCCCUCCAAAACGGACGGUCUAUACCUUGAAGGAUAGUCGCUGGAUAGCAAAGGAAGCCAAUCCAUGAUGUGUUGGAAGACAUGCUAUUUUCUUAUAUUGUACUAGGAGACCACCUACAAAUGACGCUGUGCGUUUGCUGAAGCAGAUCAUGCUCUGAAUAUACUACUCUUUAUGCUUCCUACGUUUUCUUCAUACACUCAAUUCAUUUACAUGGCUCUGCCUGCAGAACUCUGUGAUAAGUUGAAUGAUACAUGGAUCGUAUACACACAUGGAAAACUAGUAGAAAAAACUCCGAGAAAAAUCACAAAUACUGCAACUGAUAACAAAUGUCUCGCAAAGCUCCAAUAAGGAGCUUUAGAAUUAGAA